CAUGACGAAUCUCGAUAAAAAUGAAUUGGCCAAAAUUGGGAUUCAAUUUGGUAAUUUAGCCCGCAAGUGGAAUCCAAAAAUGCGUCCUUAUAUUUAUGACAAAACCAAAAGCAAAAUCCAUAUCUUAGAUCUGCAAAAAAUUGUUGUUAGUUGUCAAGGAGUAGGCGAUUAUAUCAAUUCAAUAGUUAAAAAAAAUAAAACCAUUUUAUUUUUGUGUACCAAAAAAACAACCCUGAAGAAACACCAAAAAAACAACCCUGAAGAAACACCAAAAAAACAACCCUUUGAAAUAGUUAAAGAACAAGCAAUUCGCUGCGGAAUGCCUUAUGUUAAAAGAUUAAGAGAAUUACAAAAAUUAAAUUUUUUUGUCAAAAAGGAUAUCUUUAAAAGUCUGACUAAAAAAGAACAAGCGAAAUACGAAGAAAGGAGGGUCGAAUUACAAAGUAUUUACGAAGGAGUGUCUAAUUUAAGAGGUAAACCCGAUGUUUUGUUUAUUAUCGGUCUCAACAAGGAAAAGACGGCUUAUUCUGAAGCUAUAAAAACCAAAACUCCCGUUAUUGCGGUUUGUAAUAGUAAUUGUGACCCUAAAUUAGUAGAUUAUGUUAUCCUGGGUAAUGACGAAAAGAGUGAGUCCAUUAACUUUUUUGCCAGUUUAGUGGCGGAUGCUAUUAUCCAAGCCAAAGAUAAAGCAAAAUUAGUUAAUAAUAAAUUAAAUUACUUGGCGAUUGCUGAUUAUUAUCCUUACGAGAUUACGGAAUUUUUUAAUUUAUGUAAAGCGAAAAAAAUCAAACCAAUUUGGGGGGUGAAAAUUUUUCUCCAAGAAAAACCUGCCGGCAAAAAAAUUACUGCCACUAUUUACCCUCAAAACAAUAAAGGCUAUAAGGAAAUUAUCCAAAAAUUAUUUGCUCCUGAUUCCCCCCAUGACCGAACUUUUUCUCCCGCUUACAUUUUCCCUAUUUUUAGCAAAAAUUGCGAAAAAUUAAGUGAAGUUAAGAAAGAAAGUGCACUUCUUCUCCUCAAAAGUAAAUGUUGGCAAAGAUUAAUUGCCCUCAAAAAAGAAAAAGAAGAAAAAUAUCAGCAAACUCUGACCGAAGAAUUGAGAGUUAUCACUCAACUUAAUUAUGCUGACUAUUUUUUAAUUUUUAGCGAUGUUGUUCAUCAUUUAAAAACUGAAAAUAUUAUCGUGGGACCCGGGCGGGGCAGUGCCGUGGCUUCUUUGGUUGCCUAUCUAUUGGGAAUAACCCAAAUUGACCCCUUGGAACAUAAAUUAUUUUUUGCCCGUUUUCUCAACGAGAAAAGAAAAUCCCUGCCGGAUAUCGAUUUAGACGUAGAAAAUCAAGACGAAGUUUUUAAAAUAGCUAAAUUAUACCGAAUAGACGAAAUAAAAUUAAAAGAAAUCACUUCUUUGGCCGGUGAAAGCCCUGAUUUCAUAGUUAUUAGCACUAAUUCUUUGGUGGGUUCGGUCCCCUUGAAAACUGAAAAGGAUUAUUUAUUGACCUUAUUUGAAGAAAACAAAUUAGCCGAAUUAGGUCUAAAAAAAUAUGACUUUUUGAGUUUGCGAGAGACACUUGGCUUUAUUCGAGAGGCUCGGUCAAUUUUGUCUAUUUCUCUGCCGGAUUACCAAGAAAUAAUUCUGACUGACCAAAAAACUUGGGAGGGGCUGAAAAAUUUUCUUCUGACUGGCAUUUUUCAACUGGAUACUCCUUCCGCCCGGACUCUUUUUAGUAGAUUUAGCCCCCAAAGUUUCACUGAACUGGCACUUUUUCUCUCCCUCAACCGACCCGGCACUAGAAAAAAGGCCGAAGAACUAUUCCGAGCAUCUCAACAAAAAAAUACUAAAACCAGAAUCAUUUUUACUUCCCCAAAGAUUAGAGAAAUAUUAACCGAGACUUAUGAACACAUUAUCUUUGAAGAACAAAUUAGCCAAAUUUUGGCUCUGGUUUAUGAUUGUUCGUUCGCCGAGGCCGAAGUAAAAAGACGAGAAUUACCAGAAAAAGGAUUACAAAAGGAUUUUCUUGCCCAAGCCCAAAAGAAAAUGUCUUUGACCGAAAGUAAAUUAAUUUAUCAGCAAAUCAAUUCUUCUCUGGGAUACACUUUCAAUAAGGCCCACGCUAUUGCUUACAGUUACUUGACUUAUUAUAUUGCUUAUUUAAAAGCCAAUUUUUUUCCCGAAUUAAUUACCUAUUUUCUUAACAAAAGAAAGGAGAAAGAAUUAUCCUACUUACAAGAAGCAUUUUUUUAUGGAUUUCAAAUAAAAGGACCAGACAUUAAUCUAAAAAGUGGUCUAUUUGCUAGUUUAGGAGUAGAAGUUGAUAAUUUAUUAAAUAAUCAAACCGCAAUUUUUCGUUAUCUGUCGAUUCGAAAAAGGCUGGUUGCGGCUAACAAUAAUUUGCCUUUUUUACAUUUGUCAAACGAAGUUUCAACCCAGCAAAAAUCGGUCAUCAACAAAGCCUUAAUUAAUCAAAGAGAAUUCGAAAGUUUAGGGUUAUAUGUAAGUUAUUUUUCCCGCUGGAAAGAAUUAGCCGCUCAAGAUCAUAAAAUUUGCUCCUUGUCUGUCGUCUUACAAAAAAUUGAAGAAUAUGAUAAUAAAGAGACCUCUCUCAGUGUCUACGCAAUUAUUUGUAACCUGGAAAAGAAAAGUGAAAUGCGAGUAGCCUACUACGAGCAUUCCCAAAUUCAUAGCAUUGUCAGAGACCAAAAUGAUUAUACCGUUUUUUUACAAGACAUCAGGAAUUCUUUUCAAUUAAAUAUAAGUUCCGGUUUUUACCAAGAAAAUAAAGAAAAUCUGGUAAUUCAUAACGAGUUAUUAUUUACUUUGAAAAUAGGAAUAAAACGGGGCAAAAUUAAUUCUUUGCUUCCUUCUUGCUCUUUGAGUUAUUGUGAAGUAAGCACAAAAGGUGAAAAUGUAAAAAUUUAUUUAUCUUUUGCCCGAGCCGAAAACCAAGCCAAAACUCUUCGAUUGAUGAACGAAAAAUAUUCCUCUUUGCUAAAAAAAAGAAUGGCAAAAAGUAAAAAAUUUGCUUAUAUACCCAAUCUUAUUUUUCUCCUCGAUAAAGAGUUAGAAACCAUGAAUAAUUUGAAAAAAAUCCUCCAAGAUCUGACAAUUGCUCUGAUUACCGAAAUAUUUGCUCGUUAUUUAGCCAACCGUUCCAGAAGCCGAAAAAUGAUUUUUAAUAAUUUUUUUAUCGAUAUUACCUACACGCUAAUUCGUUUGCCUUAUCAUUUUCUGCGGCUAAUAGUUAAGCCGAGAAAGAAAAUAUUUGUUAAUUCCGAGCAAGAUGUUAUUCGUUUUGUCAAUAAUUUGACCUUGGAAAGAGUUUUAGAAAAAAAGGAAGCGGAGUUGGUUCAAUCAGCUUUUAAAUUUGAUGACUUACGAGUGGUCUCUAUCGCUACUCCUUGA